UACCGUCGAUAACUCAGACAUGGAGCGACACCAAACCAGUGUGACGAGGACUCCCCUCAACAGUGUUGUAGUCCAGAGGAGGAGCAAAAGUAAGAGCUACCGGCAGUCGUACCGUAGCUGCUUAGGUGCUACUUCACGUCUUGGCUUCACCCCAGCGUUGACAGCACAGAGGCUCAACGCCAGCAGAAGAGCUCCAAAGUCACAUGAUAUCACAAAGAAGGUGAACCCCGAGCAUCUAAACUUACUGAUGAAAACAGAGUGGCAGCUGUCCUACGUGACUCCUCUCUACCAGUUCAGACACACCCAGCUGAAGAGCUACUCAAGGCAGCUCUCUGCAUUUAUCGCUGCAGAGAAGCAGCAAGGUUUUGCUGUGGAGGUGGACGGAUCGCACAGCUUCAGAGUCUCCUUCUCCGUGGUGCAGGGGAUGGUCGAGACAGACCACGAUGCUGAGACCAUCCUCAUACAGAUCCAUUCAAGUCCUGCGUUUGCCAGGCAGGACGAGCCACAGAAGUCAGUAUGGAGAGGCUGCCUCACUUGUAUCAACGGCAACCCCGACUACAUCCACUCACUGCUAAAAGACUUUAUCUGUAUGCCGCUCUUUGGCAGCAGUGGGCCACAGGGUCUCACCAGUUUGGUUAAAUCCUGGUUCCAGCAGACCUUUGACUGCUACUUUGGACCUUUGGAGAUCAGCAAUACGAGCCUGCAGUGGCUGGUGGCGUUAUGGACAAACUGCCACACGGAGUCCAACAUCCAGCACCUCAAAAUGAUUUGGACUCUUCCAGCUGUGCCACCACUGCAGGUCACCUACUCGGUUAACCCCGAAGACGCCUGGGAACUGUGGAGCAGUGUGAGAAAGGCUCACCAGGAGGAGAACGAGGGAGGAGAGAAGGCGAAAGAUGAGGCUAUUGUUGAUAUCGAGGAGGUGAUGAGGUUCAUGCAGUGCCUGAAGAGCCACUUCUACAGACACUUCAGGCUGGAUCUAUCAGCAGGAAGCCUGGACCAGGUGUCCACAGCACUGGGCUCAGCCAAGAGCAACGGUCGAAUCAAGAUUUUAAACAGCAAAUACAUGAUCACCACCCUGACACUACUGACAGAGUGUGCCCUUCUCAAAAUGCCCAUCUGAGUGGGACCGAAAAAAAACAA